AUGGCAACGGUAGCGCCUCCUCCUAGCAAGCGCCAGAAGCUUGCCGCGAUCGAGAAAAUAGAGAGAGCAGAGGAGGAAGCCAAGCUACCAGAUAACCCAGGCAAUGUUCGCAUACAAUUCAUCGACCAGAGCACCGGGCAGUCGACUGGUCCCGCAGUGUCUGUGCCAAUCAAAGGCGCUACAGUCAAAGGCCUCGAGGCUCUACUCAACACACUACAGAACAAUGACUCCUCAUCUGCCUCAUCAUAUCGCUUCUUCUUCCGUUCCCGAAAUGACACCGCUAGUGACUGCGACGUCCUCGACAUCCAAUCCGACAUAUACACCUCAGUGCUCAAGCCCGGCUACAGAUCGGCGGAAGAGACCAUCGCCCUCCAAUAUGCUCCGCAAGCAGUGUUCAGGGUCAAGGCAGUUACACGAUGUUCGGCCUCAAUAUCAGGCCACGGCGAGGCCAUUCUAGCCACUGCCUUCUCCCCGGAAGGCGCAUCACGAGUUGCAACGGGCAGUGGUGACUGCACAGCCCGAAUAUGGGACACGGACACUGGCACACCCGUUCACACGCUCAAGGGUCACACCAGCUGGGUCCUCGCGGCAUCAUGGUCGCCAGACGGGAAGAUUCUCGCCACGGGCAGCAUGGACAACACUAUCCGGUUAUGGGACCCCAAAACCGGUGAAGCGCUCGGCGGUCCCCUCAAAGGUCAUACGAAGUGGAUCACUAGCCUCGCCUGGGAGCCAUAUCACACUCAACAGAAAGGCAAACCACGACUGGCAUCCGCCUCGAAAGACGGCACCAUUCGAAUCUGGGACGUACCUCUACGACGAAUAGAGCAGACCCUCUCCGGCCACAAAUCCUCUGUGACCUGUGUCCGCUGGGGCGGCCUUCACCGCAUAUACAGCGCCUCACAGGACAAGACUAUCAAGAUCUGGAAUACCCGCUCCUGGAAUUGCCUGCACACACUGACUUCCCAUGUCCAUUGGGUCAAUCACCUUGCCCUAUCCACGGAUUUCACUCUCCGAACCGCCUACCACGACCACACGGGCAAAUCACCCGAGCCGCUCGACGAGCGAAUAGUGAAAGCCAAGAAACGCUACGAGGACGCCGCCCGAGAUGCAGGGCGCAUCACUGAACGCCUAAUAUCUGCAUCAGACGACAACACAAUCUUCCUCUGGGACCCAUCCGCCUUCGAUCCGAACUCCAACGCCACCCCAAAACCCCUAGCCCGUCUCAUCGGGCACCAGAGACAAGUCCUACACGUCUCCUUCUCACCAGACGGAGCGUACAUCGCAUCCGCAUCCUUCGACAACAGCGUCAAGCUAUGGGCCGCACGAGACGGCAAAUUCAUCACUACGCUUCGAGGACACGUCGGUGCUGUGUACAUGGUAGCGUGGUCAGCGGACAGCAGGCUGCUCGCGAGUGCAAGCAAAGACACGACCGUAAAGGUGUGGGAUGUCAAGACAGGGAAGCUGAAGGAAGAUCUGCCUGGACACAAGGACGAGGUGUUUGCACUGGACUGGAGCGGAGAUGGGAAGUGUGUGAUUAGUGGUGGGAAGGACAAGAUGAUCGGAAGUGACGAUGGCCCCACCGGCUUCUAUUUCUUACCUUUCUGCCUUCUUGAUGGUACCAUUGCCGACUCUGGCAUGGCUCAAAUUCGCUUGUCCAGCAGGGUCAGCAAUCAAAACAAGCCACUGAAAGAAAUACCAUACAACAGCCCAAUCGCGAUAUACUCGAAACAAAUGGUCAACAACAAGAUCAGGCAGACGACCAGCAAGUGGCCGGCCGUAAGAAGGCUACCAUCUGCAGCAUUCGCAGUAGAAUAUGUAAGUGUCUUCAACGGUCUGCUGCGCUCCAACGAAGCGUCUGAGGAGAAGGACGAAGUCGCAGCGGACGAGAACUGA